AUGCAGGCAACUCAGCGACUGGCACCGGGGGCGGAGCUUGCCCUAGCAGAUUUUCAGAAGAAGAUUGUCGACCCCGAGUACAACAGCAAAGAAAAGGCUCUUGGACUCUGGCCGGUGAAUCCCGAGUCACCGUUUGGCAACUUCCCAAAGGAGAAAGGAUAUCCCAGUUCAUUCAAUAAGAAUCAAGUGGAGGCUGCCCUUAGUCAUGCAAUUACCACGCCUCUUGUUCGAUUCAGUUCUCGUGAAAAAACAUUUCUUAGGAAAGGCGCCGGUGCCACACAUGUUCAUUCAGGUUCCGGUGGACACACUGAUGCCACUGCGGUCAGACGAUGGAUGCGGCAGGUUAAGCAUGCCCCUCUGCCUCCUCGUGCCAAGGCUUACUGUCGUAGGCCAAUUCAACCUUCCCAGUUUCGCCGUUUCUACCAUCGAGGAGACCUGCCCGUUGCUGUCGAACACGGUGCAUCUGGCAACCGAGUCCUGUGGAAGACAGGUUUUGCCUUGCUCGACUACCAGUAUUUCUUGCCAUUAUUUUUUGACGGAAUCCGAGAAAAAGAAGAUCCGUACAGAUUCCUUGCCGUUCAGGGGGUGUAUGACCUUAUCCACGGCGCCCCCGAGAAGAUACUGCCUGCCAUUCCCCAGUUAGUGAUACCUAUCAAGAAAGCUCUUGAUACACGGGAUAGAGAAGUAAUCGCAACAACUCUGAAAAUUCUUCAAGCUCUCGUACUCUCUGGUGAAGACAUUGGAAAAGCACUUCUGCCGUACUACAGGCAAAUUCUGCCGUGUUUCAACUUGUUCAUCAACAACCACAGAAACAUCGGCGAUAAGAUCUGCUACGGACAGAAGCGAGGGUGCGACCUCGGUGACUUGAUUGAAGAAACGUUGCAUAUCUUCGAACUCCAUGGAGGGCCCGAUGCUUUCAUCAACAUUAAGUACAUGAUUCCAACCUAUGAGAGCUGCGUUACCAAUUGAGAAUGCACCCUAGUUGCACACUGUGGUACACAUGUCUGCUCAACCUCCGGCAAGACAUGAGCAAAACAACUAGGCUGAAAGAUUUCCGUAUCC